AUGAAAGACCUCAAUGGAAAGGUGAACCAAUUGAUGACAGGCCAAGUGGAUGGCCCAGGCACUGACCAAAUGAUCGAUUCCAGCAGGACCAAAGGCGCGGACACUACUGAGCUUUCAAAUGUGGGGGCCAAAAUUCAACUCUUUAAAACAAAGUCGAAUGAAGCUGCAUCAAAUUCGUAUGACAGCGCGAGUGAAGCCAAGGGUGGUAGGACAGAGAAGGCCAGUGAAAAUGACCCAUCCUCUCACGAAUUUGAGGACCCCUAUAGCGAACGUGGCCAAGUCAGUGGGACCAAGCCCCUGCCCGAGGGGGACGACCCAAUCGGCGGGGGGGGCCUAAUCCCCCGGGGCAACACUGACAGCGGGUGCAGCGGAGGAGCAGCAGGAGGAGCAGUAGCAGCAGGAGGAGCAGCAGCAGCAGGAGCAGGGAACCUUGCCCCAGCCAACUCCUCUUACGAAAGGGAUGACCCGAACGCAAGCGCGGAAAAUCUGAAGCACCAUUUCAUAUUCAACGAGAAGAACUUCUUCUAUGACAACUCCAAGUGCAUAUACACCUACAACGAUGUCCUGAGGAACAGGGACCUUUCAGACGAUCAAUAUCUAGAUGGGUUUAACUACAAAGACAUGAAGAAUGUCAGAAAUUACUGCUCAUACAUAUUAUGCGCCUUGAAGACUUUUUUCAAGACCAACCUACUAAUCCAACUCUUCUUCAAUUCUGGAGGAAACAUAUCCUUGGAACACUUAAAAUUUUUUAACGUCCUAAGUUCCUAUCCCCUCCCAAAGUUGGCCCUCUUCAACAAUGACAAUUUUUAUUACUUCUUCCUCCAUCUUAUUCAUUUAUUGUAUUACUUUAUCUACAUGGAAAAGUUAUACGAAGAAGGACUUUCAAGUGGGGGCCCAGCAACUAGCAAGCCCAAUUGUAUGAAUUUGGGCCAAGAAGACGAAAAAAGAGAAGGCACAGAGAAGGAGAGUGAGCGCAAACGAAAGGGGGUACAAUCAUCCACAAUUGAUACAUUAACAAAUAUGGAUAAAACACACGGACUGAGUAACUCUCAUGUGAGUAACAACACCAACGAAUGCAUUCUAGUCACCAUCAGAUACCUCCUCGGAAUUGUUUACAACUUAAUUUUUUAUGAUGAGUCUGGGCAUUAUGUGUACCACCUGGGCUACUCCAUAUAUGUGUGCCUUGAAGAAAUCAAAAACAUCACAGGGGAGGUGAAAAAGAACAAAGACUACUCCUUUGGUAAUCUGAAUAGUAAUUUUCCAAAUAGAAUUCUACUGAAAAAUUAUCUAAGUAAUGACAAGCUGUUUUAUAAUAACUACCUCUACUUGUAUGAUAACCUGAAGGGAUUGUACUCCGACCUCUAUCGCUAUGAGAAGAAGAAGUUCAACGAAAUGUCUCCGGGGAGGAAGAAGGAGCUCUACGAAGGUAGGCUCCUCAACGUGCUUAGUAACGCCACUGGGGGGGAAGCAGCGAAUCAGGUCGCUAACUCACAGCAGGCCGCUAACACACAGCAGGCCGCCAACGCAUGGGAGGCCGACCCGAGCGCCCCUGCGCAAAGCCUGGUCGACCAAAUCAAAGAACGCAUAAAGAAAAAGGAAAAAAUGUACCUGGACUUACCCCCCCUAAAGUCGACCUACACACCAAAUGUCACAAAAAUAAUCGAAAACUGCAAAGUAGAAAAGGACAGCAAGUACGUACUGAAAAAAUCAAAGGAGUUAAAUAAUUACAACUGCAAGCUGAACAACGACAUUUAUAUAAACAAUUCCUCGAAGAACUGCUCGCGCCUGGGUAGUGGCAGCAGCACAAAUCACCAAUACGUAGAAUUGUUAGAAGAACUGGAUGAUACCCCCCAAGAGAGUUACCCCCCAAAUAGGAAGAUAGACACCACCACGUAUCCUUUUCUACCUCUGAACCUACUCUACUACUACAUGAAUUUGUGCCCCAAUGUAAAUUUCUUUUCCAAGUUGUAUGAUGAAAAUGGGCUUAGACCGAAGGGCACACUGGAGGGGGAAGAAGAUCAGAAGUACUUGAUGCAAGAAGAGGGGGACUUUUUUUACCUUAACAGGCAAGGUGUUUUUCAUAGCGACGAAGUGCACCACAGUAAUUAUAUAUUCGUGAAAAAUGACAAAAUUGAUGAGACGAACAAGCCGAUACGGGGCGAGAGCGCCAAGGAGAGGAAAAAACACAACCACAGCAGUGGUAAGUACAGCGGUAACAGCGGUAACAGCGGUAAUAGCGGCAACAGCGGUAACAACGGUAACAGCGGUAACAGCGGAGGCAACGACAACAGCAACCUGCUCAGUGGUGGCGGCCAGCUGGAAGACGGGCCCUUCUUGGCCAACGCCAAUUACGUAAGCAAGCACGAACACGGGAAUUUUAAAAACAUAGGAACGAUACUCUACCAGGAAAAUAACCUCGAGUUCAUAAUCAAAUUGAUAACCAAGUGUAUCUUCUACCUAAAUGGAAACACAUUCAAACUAGCUCUCCUCAAUUUUAACAAAAUGAGCGGAAGAGUCCUUUACAAAAUAUUAAAAAAUCGACGAAGAACUCUCUUUCUCGUAAAGUCAAUUCUGAAUAUCCUUUUAAAUUUUUUCUACAACUUAACGAGUAAUGCUAAUUCUAUUUCGUUAAAGUCGUAUAGAAAUAGCGAGUUGUUUUAUUCUCUCCUUUUUCUGCUGAACAAGUUAUUGAGCUUUACCGACUGGUUGGGAUCCAACAACACAUCGGAAUGCAAUCAUCAUUCGUCUGUUUUCCUCCUAAGAUAUAACAUCAUUUAUUUGCUUCGCAUUUUUUACUUAUGGUUUAAUAAAACAAGUGAUAAUCAGUCUUUCCUUUUUCGAUGCGUUUUGAAGUAUACAAGAGUUCUCCCUUCCUUUAGUACAUCUGGUUUGCUCCUCAUUCUGACUUUUUUUGAUUUAAAAAAUAUUUUUCCAAAUUAUAUUUACUCCUUUUUCCUUGCCAAGAAUUUAAAGGGAAUUUGCUUCGACUCUGAGAAGGCUAGUGCAUCUUUGGAGGAACUCGCCAAGGAGCAGCAGAGUCAAAUGCAACAGAGGGGAGACCCGCUGGGGGAGGACAUGCAGAUGGAAGACUCGGAGUGGGAGGAAGUAACCGAGGUAGGAGAAUCAGAGGAGGAAUGCGAAGAUGACGAGGUCGAUAAAACGAAACAGGAGUACGAAGUUGACGUGGUGGGAGAAGCUGACACAGCAGAAGAAGAAAAACCCACAAGGGGAAGCAAACAAACGAAAAGUAAACGAACCGCAAACAAGGCUAGAGGCAGAAAGGGAAAGAAAAACAAAAAUGACGGACAUGCAACGGAGGUGCCCAGCCAAAUUGAUGGGGAACCCAACCCAGAAGGGGACUCACCUAAAGGGGACUCACCUAAAGGGGACGCACCCAAGGGGGACUCAUCCAAAGGGGACGCAUCCAAGGGGAACCCACCAAAUGGUGAUAGCCCCAAUGAAGAGGCGCAAGACCAUGUGGCAAAUGAGGAAGAAGCCUACUCGGAAGGUCUGCAACCAAGCAGGUGCCCUCAAACAGGGGGAGAGAAAAACGAGCACGAUGAAAACCAGGACGAGUUCCCGAGCCUUGCAAAAGAUUGCACCUCUCCGUAUGACAAAUGGGCGGUGUGCAGGAAGAACCGAAAAACGUUCGAUCGUUAUGCGCUUGAGCUGGACCGCCCCUGUGAUACCUUCUUAAGCGACGUGGAGGAAGACACAAAGAAGGAAGAACAGGAUGAAGUGGCCAACCACAACGGAGAACCGAAUCAUCACAACGGAGAACCGAAUCACCACAACGCAGACCCCCUCCAUGAGAACAGCCUAAGCAGAGUUAACCCCACAGGUGAGUCAACCUAUCGUGAGGAAUUCAACACGGAAGGAAAUGAAACCUCAAAUGAAAACCCACACACAAAAUUAAGCGAAGAAUUGUACAUAGAAAACAUGGGUAAUCCAAACGCUCAAGACAAUCAAGGCAAGAACUUAGAAAGGGUCGUUAUGUACUGCAAGCUAGAUGACGCAUUUCAAGAAAAUGAAGACAAAACGCUAUACCUUUGUUGCGACAUAAAUGUGAUGAAGCGAAUUUUAAAUGAAAAUCUGUGCGAGCAAUUCCGAGUUCUCAAUUUAGCUCACUCGACGGAUGAACAUGAAGAAGUGAUAGAGGCCGAUAGAAAAAACAACCAACAGAUGUAUCGUCACCAUAACAGGUCAUUAAUAGGAAACUUGGCACUCAACCUUAGCGAUGUAGAUGAUGAAACUAGUAAAGAAAAUAAUAACAAUAAGGAGGAGGGUUCGAAUAGCCCCAAUAAUUUUAACAUACUCAAUGAUGAUAGCUUGGCGAAGAAUUAUAUUGGGAAUAACUACAAGGGAAUCUCCUUCCUAUCGACACGAAAACUCCUUUGCAGGAAAGGGAUGAAACAGUUAUCACGUCCGUGCAGUGGCAAAGAUGCAAGCCUUGUCGGAGGGGGGGGCAUAUCAUUUUUGUCUUCAGAAUUUAAAGACCAGUACAGUGAGGAGGAUGACCAGUGCCUUCAAAACAGUUUCGCCUUCAAUAAUUUUAAAUACGCGGGGGGAGGGAUAAUCAGCGAAGAGGGACCCAAUAGUGUCGAUCCUGGUGCUGCCAACGAUGACGACUUCUAUCGCGCAAGUUGCGACAGAACAGAUGAGAAGUCGAGUAAGCAGCCCCUUUGGGGAGGGGACUACUCCCCACAGCUGGGGUUGGAUGCGAAGGGGAAAAAACCCACCGGUGUGUUAUCGCCAAACCGAACCGCCUCCAUCCGCGUGACAUGCCCGUAUGCAAUUAAAAAUUUUGUAAACCAAAGUGAAGAAAAUUGUGCGGAACAUAUCCUAAAAAAGAUCAGGCGAAAUGAGCACCUCGUAGAGCAGCAUAUCAACCUGAGCAGGUUAAGCCAAGUGGAGAGGGAAAAAAUAUAUCUAAUAAAAAGGGAAUUGAAAAUAAGAGAGUACACCAAUUUGGAAGAUCUGUGUGAUUACAUCAACUUCAUUGUAAGAAUAAGUAAAACGAAUAACGUAAUUGGUCGCGCUUUGAGCACGUACUGUUGUGUUCUGCUUCUUAAUCACAGAAUCCCGAUUUUUUCAAUCCUCUUUACUCACAUAUAUAGCAUUAUGAACCAGUUAAAGAAGAUAAACAUGUAUAACACGAAUAGUAACGAUGACGAGACAAGCAUAUGCAUGAACAAAAUAAACUUCUACUCAUUCUAUUCCUACAACAGUACCCAAUUGAGUAACAUUUUUUAUACUUUCAAUAAGGAGAUCUACCUACUGAAGGAGCUAUCCAACUUUUUUUCCUUCCUCUUGGAAAUUUUUCACAUGUGUUUUUUUAACAGCUAUAAAAAUAAUUACAAUAGAUUAAUAAGACUAAUUUAUUUACCAUCGAAGAAGCUGCUUGAUAUCCUAUACGACUUGAUUCGCAACUUGAAUGAUAUUUUUCCUCAGGAGCUCAUUCGCUAUGUGGUCAAACUAUCCGCCACGAUUUUCCGAGGCUACGCUUAUGUGCUCUUCGUGUUCUUUAACAAGCACGCCAUUUUACACAGUCAAAACAACCCCCUCGUGGUAACCUCUCCAUGUGAAAGACCAAAUGGAUGCCCACAAUUGCAGCAACAGGAGGAGUGCCUCUUCAUACAAAAGAACCGCAACCCCGCAGAGCAGUUCACCUCGUGUCGAGACGAACAAAAGGAGAAUGGCACCAGAAGUACCAACGGAGACUAUUCCUUCCUCAACCAAAAAGUCCUCGUUUCGUGUCCUAACUACGUAAAGUAUAUCAAAUUUUUUGUGCAAUACUAUGCCGAAUUAAUAAACACGAAAAAUGUGAUCGAUGAUGAGAACAAAAAGAAAGUACUCUACAAAUAUUCUCAUUACGUGGAUCUCAAAACGGUACAUCUGUGUUUGAUAAAUAUUUACGAAAUUGUGAAGAACCGG